AUGUUACGCACUGUACAAGAAGAAAUAAAUAAACUCUAUUUUAGUGAACCCAUUUCAGCAAUGGAAUUUGUAAACAUUGAUAAUGAAGUUUCUGAAGAGUUUUCUGAUGCAGAAAUUAUUGAAACAGUACAUCCUUCACAAAAUAAUGAAGUUGCUGGAGAUGAAGAUGAAGGAAUUGAACCUGAACCUUCUAUACCAAUACCACAAGUGUUAUCACAUGAUAUGCACACAAGACAUGGUGGAUUAUUGGCUGCUGGUGAAAUAUCUUUAGCAUGGUCAGAAAUCAAUGGAAAUGAUAGAAGUUGGGUUGAAAUUCAUAAAAAAUUAAUCGAGGCAAAUUGGCCUAUUACAAGUGAUAUAAUGGUUGUUUGGAAAGAAGUUGUGUAUGAUCUAUUAAGUAGAAAAGAUGAACAUGGACAAGAUGUGGCUGUUAGGGCGGCUAAGGAAAUACCAAUGAGAGAAUUUUUAACCACGCUUAUUUUUGGUAAUAUAAUUGACGAUCUUUGUUAUCGAACUUCAAUCUUUACAAUUUCACAAAACGCAGAUGGAUGGAUUAUGAGAUUCUUGAAAAAAAAUGAAGAAUACGAAGACGAUUCAUCUACUGCAAAGGAUGAAAAUUCAGACCAGGAUGAUGUUGAACAAGAGAGAAUUUUAAGAAAAUUAAUUGGUUUGAGAAAAUGGUCAAACCAAUUAUUGAAUUGUUUUGUUUCCUAUAUAAAAUCAGCUAUAGCUCAAUCAAUGAUUGUAAUUAAAUUUGGGGCUACAGAUAAUCCUGAUAAUGUUCAAGUUCCUAAAAUUUUGAAAAGACUUUUUAAACUUUUAUAUUAUACCAUGAAAAUUUGUGGCUAUAAAACAAUUGUAUCAGAUUUGGAACCAACAUUUUAUUUUAUGCUAUUACAAGAUCCAAAAGAUUAUAAUGGUUGGGAAACAAGAUAUGUGUUAUUGAUAUGGCUUUCUCUCAUUUCUAUGAUUCCAUUUGAUUUAAAAACAGUUGAUAGCAGGACUAGCACAGGAAGUGAUAAGAUUCCUCUUGUUGAAAAUAUGAUAAGGUUAUCAAAAUUUUACCUUGAAGCCACUGGGAAAGAAAGAGAUGGUGCUGCAAUAUUAUUAUCAAGAUUAUUGACAAGAUGCGAUAUGGCUGAAAAAUAUUUGAAUAAUUAUGUUCAAUGGGAAAGAGAUGAAGCAAGAAAUAACAAAGACGUUUUUACAAUUACAGGAAUAUUUACAUCAUUAUGUGCAAUCUAUAAACUUGGUCAAAGACAAUCUUUACUUCCAACAUUAGAAACUGCAUGGCAAUGUCUCUUUAUUCUUGAAGAAAAUCAAAUGUUUACAAACAAUGCUUUAGUCAGAAAAAUGCUGGUAAAAUUGGCUCAAGGAUUUGGAUUAUGUUAUUUAAAACCUAAAAUUGCAUCUUGGAAUAAUUUACAAACUACAUCAAAACCAAACAUUGAUCCUUCAAAUAUACAAAAAUCAUUAAAAGAAGAAGGGGAGGAAGAUGAAGAAAUUCCUGAUCAUAUUGAAGAAAUUAUUGAAAUUUUAUUGAAUGGAUUGAAACACAAGGAUACAGUUGUACAUUGGUCAGCAGCAAAAGGACUUGGCAGACUUUCACAGUGUUUACCACAGGAACUUGCAGAUGAUGUAAUUGGAUCAUUGUUUGAACUAUUUUCUGAGAAUGCUUAUAACGAAAUAACCUGUUAG